AUGGUUCCAUUUUAGAAAAGAUCAGGUUUUGGGACCUCCUUGAGUGAGAAGAAUUAAGGUAAACCCGUUUAACGAGUUUUCUUAUUAUCGGCUGUUCAUUUUGUUCUUAGUUAACAUUCAGCGAACUUCUUUUCAACUUGUUUUCCAUCGUUUCAUUUAUUUUUCUCUCUUUGUUUCUCAAAUUUUUCUUCUUCUUCUCCUAUGGGAAAAUCUUCUCCAUUGUUUAUCUCUCAUAUGGAUAAUAAAAUGUGUCUCACCAGUGGAUAAAAGUUAAUCUUCCAUUAAUUGUACAAUUAAUUUAAUCUUCUAUUGGAAAUUGAUUAACUCAAUUUUCCUCUCUUUCGCCUGGAUUGUGUUUCUUUUUGUUUUUAAUUCUCUGUGAUUUAGAUUUAGCUUUUUUUUUCCUCAAACUCUUGUUUCCAUCUUUGUGUCUUUCCCAUUGGUGUUAAUCUUUGGAUAAUCUUUUGUUUUUACUUUAAUUCUUAAUCUAUUAAUCAACUGGAUUGAUUAUAAAGUGAUCAUCUAAUUUGUGUGCGUUUUUAUACAUAAUAUAUAUAUAAAUACAAUUCCCACCAAUUAAUUUAAAUAUACACAAUAAGACAAUCUCACAAAUCAACACAAUGUCUUGUUCAGCUGUUUCCUUAUCCAUUGCCACCAUAAUUAGCGUGAUUGCUGUCGCUUGUCUUGCCAUAGCUUUUAGUACCGAUAAUUGGUAUGAAAUCAGGAUUAAUCGUAAUUUAACCAAGGAAAGAUUAACAGAAUUGAAUCAAUUAACUGACGAAUUUGAAACGGAUUUAAGAUAUUUCAGCCGAGAUGAAGGACUAUUCAGAGUUUGUUUCCUCAAUAAGAAACCCAAAGGAUUGGAAACAUAUUUAUCUCCAACUCAAACUCAAUGUGUCAACGUAGAUUAUCAUAUACCUGAAGAUGAAGAAUCACAAAAAUUUUCUGAUCAAAGAUGGGAAAGAUUACAUCUUGCUCGAUCCGUGGUCGCUUUAUAUGUCGUCGCCUUUUUCUUGUUGACUCUCUCAUUCUUCACCGGGAUCGCAGGAUGUUGGAAACGAUCUCACGCCAAUCUCAUCGCCACUGGUAUUAUGCAGCUUUUGGCAGCUUUAUUUGACGCUGGUGCCAUGGGUCUCUGGCAUGGAGUCCAAUUUUACGAUCAACACAAAUUGAAAGACGAACUGUCUUAUAACGGAUGGCCAACUAUUCUCAAACAACAUGGUGUCAGUGAUUUUUACUAUGGUUGGUCUUAUAUUCUUGCCUGGCUCGGAAUUGGUCAGUGUUUAAUUGCUUCCUUCAUGUUCCUCGGGUCAGCUCGGUGUAUCCGAAGUGAAAAACGAGCCGAACACGCUAAAAACAUGCAAUACCUGAUGCCAGUUUAUCCAGAUAAACGUAAUCCCUAUGGAUAUGCUUACGCUUACCCAGGGCCUUAUUCGUAUCAUGGAUCAUCAUAUGGAAUCACUCCCUAUUCCACUCCAUAUUAGAAUGUCCUUUCAACAGAAAACGAAAACCCCCUGAACAUAAAUCCAAAUCAACUCGAUAGAAAAAGUUUACUAUUUAAUCAUGACCUAAUCAUCCAUCUAAAACAUCAUCAGUUAAAUCAAUUCUUUGGGACAUCAAAUUAUGAGAGAAAAAAACAACGAAAAUUGAACAAUUAAGUUCUCUUCGAUUUCGGUUACUUUAAACUCUUCGUCCAAAUUGACCGUUCGAGCCAUUGACCAUUCUAAACAUUAACCAAUGCGAACUGAGAAAAUUCAAUCGCAAUCUAAACACUCAUUUCUUAAUUAUUAUUCUUAUUUACUAUCAUGAUUAAUAUUAUUUUAAUUACUCUAUUUCAUUAUUAUUAUCAUUAUUUUCACUUGAGUAUCACCAACAAAUGAUAAUAAUAACAAUCAACUAAUUAUAAUGA